CUGACAGUGUGAGACGCUAAGACUGAGGGAAACCCUGAUUGAGGCCAGAAGGCUGGGGGAGAAGGACCCCUGUGCGCUGGAGAGAGAGCUGGGUGAGCAGAUGCCGAUUCUGUGCGUGAGCUAACACGAGUCCUCUCACCAUGAGCAUCACACACAUGUAGCCAAGGCUUUGAGAACUAGCCUGUGAUACAGACACCACCCAAGCUGCAGGCCAGCACCUAAGUGGUAUGUGCUUAGGGCAGACAUGGCUUUGAAAACGGAACUGACAUGGGAACUGCUGCCCACGAAAGGCAGGGCUGAACUCCCUGUCUGAACUCGAACAAACCGAUUGCCUCAAAUAAAACCAGCAUUUUCCGGAGGGCUUUAGGAUGACUCAGCCUCACGACGUAAACAGAAUGUCUAAGAAACAAGUAAGGAUUAUUCAUCAUACAAAGAACCCGGAAAAACCUGACCACCUCUCAACGGGAAGAGUCAGUCGGCAGAUGGCCAUCUGUUGGAGCUGUAAGACAGUGGCUUUAAGACAGUUACUGUGCUUGGGGAGGCAAAACAGCCCACAGAAGUGAGUGGGACGAUGGAGGCUCUCAGCAGAGAGAUGGUAUAAAAAUCCAAAUGGAACAUAGGGAUUGAGUAAUACAGUGCUCAGUAAAUGGCUGUAAUAGCAGAGCAGGGAUAGCAAAGAGUCAUCAUGAAGAUACAACCAUACAUAGUAUCCAACCUGAAGAACAGACAGGAAAAAGAUUUUUUAAAAGCAGUGCCUCAAGAGCCUGUGGGGCAGUAUCUAAAGGUCUGAAUUUGUCACUGGAGUCCCAUAAAAGAAAAAGGCUGGUGUAGAGAAAGUAUUGGAAUUAAUGGCUGAAAACUUUCCAAAUUUGGUGAGACCCAAAUGUAUGGAUUCAAGAAACUUAGUUAAGUCCCAAACAGGAUAAACCCAAAGAAAACCAUGCCCAUUAAACAAUGAAACUGCUGAAAAACAGACUUAGACAAAACAACAACAACAACAACAACAAAAACACCUUGAAAGCAGCCAGAAACGAUACAUUGCGUAUAGGAGAAUGACAUUCUGAAUGACCACAGAUUUCUCUUAAGAAACCUUGGAGUCUGGGAGACAGUGCUGAAAUAAAAGAGCUGUCAGCCUAGAAUUCUGUCCCCAGUGACGAUGUUCCUCAGGAAUGAAGGUAAAAAUAAAAACAUCCGCAGGUGAAGGAAAAUUUAAUGAACUUAGACCUGCUCUGAAAUAAAUGCUAAAAGAAGUUCUUCAGCCUGAAGGGAAGUGGUGUCAAGGGAAGAGUGGGACCAGAGAAUGGAGGAGGAGCAAUGGAAAUGAGAACUACGUGGUGUCCAUAUAUGGAAUUUGGUUUUAUGACAAGGAAGAAUGCCAAAGAAUUGCAGAGCUUAUGAAAAACCUAACUCAGUAUGAACAGUUGAAAGCCCACCACGGAGCUGGGGCAGGAGCAGCAGCCAGAGCAGGAGGCCCCACGAUGACCCUCGGUUCAGGGGAGAGCAGGGAGGUGGACAUCCUACGAAUGCUCACCAAGGCCAGGGACGAGUACACAAAGUGUAAAACCUGUUCUGAGCCAAAGCAGAUCACCAGCUCAUCUGCCAUCUACAACAACCCCAAUCUCAUCAAGCCCAUCCCAGUGAAGCCCAGUGGAAACCGGCAGCAGCGCAUCCCCCAACCCAGCCAGACCUUAGACCCCGAACCUCAGCACCUGUCCUUGAUGGCUCUCUUUGGGAAGCAGGACAAAGCUGCGUGUCAGCAAACUGUGGGGCCUCCACAGACCCCUCACCAGCAGCUGCAGCAAGAGAAGGGGGUUCAGCAGGGCCAGCAGGGGGUCGUACACUCCAUGUCCUAUGAGGACCCCCGGAGACACUCACCUCUUGUUGAGAAGCAGCUCUGCCCCGCCAUCCAGAAGCUUAUGGUCAGGAGUGCAGACCUGCACCCGCUGUCGGAGCUGCCAGAGAACCGGCCCUGCAGAGAUGGAGAAUCCUGCACUGGAGCCGCCCAGCCCGGGUCCCCCUGCAGCACACUCGGGGCCCCCAGGACGCAGAACCUGCUGGAAAAGCUCCAGAGCAGCCCCAGGACUGCAAGCAGGUGUGAUCCUGCUGCACCUGCACCCUCCAGCUCGGCCGCCACCCCUGCAGCCCCAGCGCCGCCCGCGCCUGGCAGUCAGGCAGUGGGCUCCAGCGAGGUGUCCCCGCGGGAGCUGCUGCGGAAGCUGCAGGGGGCACAGCAGGAACCGCCAGUGCCCAGCCGCCCUGCCUUGGCAGCGAAGUUUCCCUUGGCCACUUCCAGCGCCCGAGCUCCAAAUCCCUUGGAGUCCUGGAGGGACCAGACCCCCUGCAAUGAGAAGCAGGCUCCGCUCCUGCAGGUCCUUUUGCCCCAGCGCAUCCCAGCCGCGGUGGCCCCAUCUCUGCUCAUGUCCCCCAUGGUGUUCACACAGCCCACCUGGGCCCCGCCACAGGAGAGGUGCAGUGGGCUCCUGCCCCCAGGGAGCCAGGACCCAGUGGCCACCCCCAGCAGCCUCCUCCUGCCUCUGCAGACCCCGGAGCCUCCUGGGACCCCCAGAAGCCCCCUGACCAAGCUACAGCUCCAGGAAGCUCUGCUGCAUCUCAUCCAGAAUGACGACAGCUUCUUAAAUAUAAUCUACGAAGCUUAUCUCUUCAGCAUGACACAAGCGGCCAUGAAAAAGACUCUGUGAAAGCAAAACAUUUUAAAGCUGAUUUUCAAAGUCCUCCAGCUGCAGGUUCUCUCAUAUCCAUGUUGUUACCCUAAAUGUUUCUGGGUUUUUAAAAAAAAAAAAGAAAAGUAUGUAUUAUAUGAAGUAAAAUGUUUCAGACUUUUUUCA